GUGUCCUCUGUCCUCUGUCCCAGUGUUUUAGUGCGCACAGAGAAACUCUUACUAACAAUGCAUUUAAAACAAACAGGAUACUGUGUCGGUUUCUUUCUCGUUUAUACCUUCAUUACAAUGAUUUCACUUACAGGAGGCAGGUGUGCUGCUCAUUUCUCACAACCUCAUCUCAUUUAGCUUUUCAUGAUGACGAGAGCAACGAUUUAACAACAAGAGGCCUCAGAAAGCUGCAGAGCUUCAACUCCAGGCAGAAAGAACAAAAAAACAGAAAUGUGACAGAGACUGAAAGCUCAAGAAGAAGAAGGACAUUUAAACCCAUCAUGACCAACAAAAGGUCCAGAAAGAGGGACACGGUGCAGCAAACUGAAGGGAGGUGGAGGUUUUCUUAUCUGAACCUCCACAGGAAGGCUGCAGCGAGGGCAACAUCCAGACCACCACCCGCGGAAAGUUCACCAUCACGGGUCAACUGGAAGCAAACAGCCCCAACACAGGCUACCAGUCUGAUUCUGCUGUUUCAGUCCAGUCUCAGGUUGUCCAGCAGAGGGUUAAAGAUCAUCAGGUGAGCUGGCUGAGCCUGCAGCCUGAGGUGGAGUGUGGAGAGAAGGUGAUGACGCUGACUGUGAGGAGGAGAAGAGCUGCACAGCUGCUGCUGGACCGAGAUAACGAGUCGCCCGUGCCGCUGACCCAGCUGCCCCCUCAGUGUGGUUACUCCGUCCAGGCCUCGUGGAAAGAUCUCCGUCUGAUGGCUGAGUACGACGCCUGCCACGUCAUACAGGAGGACGACCACUUUGUGUUGCCUCUGCUGUGGAGAGGGACUCCGGUCAGGAUGUCGUGCCCCUCCCCUCAAAUGGAGCCAGAGGCCACAGCUCCGUCCUCGCUCUGCUGCUCCCCCUACAGCCUGACAGUCAAACUGCAGGGAGUGACUGACACUUGGGAGCUGAGAGUAGACGUCAGAGGAGAGUGGACUCCUUUAGUGACGCUAGUCGAGCAGUGCGGCUACACUGUGGCGGGACACGAUGCUGAGGUCAUCAUCACCGCUCCAUAUGUUACAUGUGGAAUCACUGUCAAGGAUGGAAAACACACCAUUUCUCUUCAGAUCAGAGGGAAGACGUUCACUCUGGCCUGUCCCGUCUCUCCCUCGUUGACCCUGCAGCAGGCAAAGCCAUGGGCUCCACCUUUCUACCUGGCCCCGCCUUUCUACCCCCACCCGAGAUACCACUACACAUAUCCUCCUCAUGGUGCCAGAAACCCUCCCACUCCUGAACCCACACUGAGCCCACAGGCUCGCUCCCAAUGACCAUCAGGCUCUCUACUC